CGUGUAGAAGAUGUACUGCAACCGUUUGCCGAAGUAAUCGCAUGUGCACUGCAGCGCUUCUAUAAGAUGAUAUCGUCCUCAUGGCGGACAGUUUGGAUGCGGUGAGGAAAUGUUUAAGAGACUUCCCAAAAGAAGCUCGCGAGCUGUAUCUCAAUGAGACUGUGCCAUACUUAGAUCAGCCCCCGUCCCCAUUGGAAUUCUAUCGGGAAUGGAUUGGUCCAAACAAGCCCUGCAUCAUCCGCAAUGCCUUCAGUCACUGGCCUGCACUUCACAAGUGGAGCCCGCCUUACUUCAGGCAAGUGGUGGGUUCCAAGAUGAUUAGUGUGGCAGUCACGCCGAACGGCUAUGCAGAUGCUGUGCUCGGGGAUCGAUUCAUCAUGCCUGAGGAGCGGCACAUGACGUUCUCAUCCCUGCUGGACAUCAUGGAGCAGAAAGAGGAGGGCCAGGGUGUGUUCUACCUGCAGAAGCAGUGCUCCAACCUGAUGGAGGAGCUUCCUGAACUGACCGGUGACCUGGAGACCCAUAUUCCCUGGAUGAGUGAAGCUUUGGGGAAGCUGCCUGAUGCAGUGAAUUUCUGGCUGGGGGAAGCGAGUGCUGUCACUUCCAUGCACAAGGACCACUAUGAGAACCUGUACUGUGUGAUCUCUGGAGAGAAGCAGUUCAUCCUCAUCCCUCCCUCAGACCGGCCAUUCAUCCCAUAUGAGCUGUUCCAGCCAGCCACCUACCACCAGAGAGAGGAUGGAACGUUUGAGAUGGUGGACGAGGUUUAUGCAGAGAAGGUGCCCUGGAUCCCCGUGGACCCCUUGAGGCCAGAUGUGGAGCGCUACCCUCAGUACCAGCUGGCCCAGCCACUUCACUGCACAGUGAGGGCAGGAGAGAUGCUGUACCUCCCGUCGCUGUGGUUCCACCACGUCCGCCAGUCCCAUGGCUGCAUCGCAGUGAAUUUCUGGUAUGACAUGGAGUUUGACAUCAAAUACAGCUACUUCCAACUGCUGGAGUCUCUGUCAGGAACUGUGGGAGGGCUGUGAUGUCACAGGCAGCUGGAAGUCACUGGGUCAUGGGUACCCAGCACCUUCAUUAGGCUGAGGCAGAUCUGUCAGCGCAGUGGAUGGGAUGGCUUUAUCCACCAGAUAAAUUGCUAUGGAAAGGAGUGUCUGCUAUGAAGGGGUAAUUCAUCUUUUUUGUACAGGUGAAGUGUCUCUGUGUCCCAGGCCUAUUCUGGGCAUAGAUCACACUGAAUACAGCUUGUUAAAGGUCUUUUUAUGUAUUUGUGACAUUAAAAUGCAAGAAA